GUUUGCUUUUCUCGCACUGGAAGUAGAGUCUGGGAACAAAUAAUUGACGUCGCCGCUCCUCUCAGUGGCUGGGCGAACCCUAGAAAAAAAAUACGUGCAGUGGCAAUGACUGACCGUAUUACCUACCCGAAUACAAAUCAAAACUUCGUACUAGGUCGAAAUUCUGGACGGAUACUUUGGAAACGUGUGCGAGCUGGAUUUGGUAUUCCACUUCGACAAGGUGUACUUGAUUCUCGACGAGCUGUUGCUGGCCGGCGAAAUCAGCGAAACUUCAUCAACACUAAUAUUGCAAAAGCUGAAGCAAAGCGAGAAACUCGAAUAGCAGAAGUGUGUUGCAUUCGCUAGUACACAAGCUGCAGCUCGACUCCUUGUGUCGUCCGUUUUGAUGGUUCGUAGCUGCGUGGUGUGCGUACGAGAAUGCACAUAAAUUCAAAUUUUUCAUGUUCGCCACUCUCUGUCGAGCACAAUUUCGAGAACGUUAAAGCUCUACUUUUCGUCAGCACGCACAUUUUCCGAUGAGAGCAAGAGAGUUCGAAGAGAAAUUUUCAGAGCAUAGCUGGAGAGCAGUCUGUAUCUAUUGUCGUAAGGAAUCGACUCGGAGUCGGAUCCAUGUUUGUGGUUUCUCCCAUUUAUCAUCGAUGUCAAGCCAAACACCGGAAGCAAUCGUGCAUCUCCCUUCUGUGCUGGCAAACUUCAGUAGGAAGCUUCUUCUGCGGUUGAACACACAAAAGGCCGCCGGGAAAGAGGCAGAAGAAAGAUGGUGAGCCUCCAGUUUGUCGAGACGCCGAUAGGCGAUGGCUUAGGGUUGGAAAUGGCAAAGCUUCCGGGAGACGACGAGGGGGACGCUUUGUUAGUUGCGGUACGGAUAUGAUGUUAUGCCAAACUUCUUUUGCAACAUUGCAAUUGCUAUUGCAUUUGCUUCCGACUUCGGUCAAAAAUUUGCGAAUGCAAUUGAAACCAAUUUCCCAAACGAAAAACACAGCAACGAAAAGUGGAGGCUGUCGCGGACGCGAGGUGCUCAAAAGUCGUGUUCGUUGAGAACAUACCCUCCGUGCAGGAUCAGGGCCGGUUUUUCGAGUUCAAAGUGGAGGCGUGCCUUACCGGCUUCAUUCCAGGAUUGGCCGUGGGCUUCAGCUCCGUGGACCCAACAGGAGAUGGGUUUCCAGUUCCAAGAAGAGCCUGCGAACUCGACGAGACCGUCAUGAUCGGCUAUGUUGGUAGAAUUAUCGGUUUUUUUUAUCAUAGCUGUAGCUGUACAUACAACGAACAUUCUACUGAAUCAAUUAGGCGGGUUUUUGGUACUAGCGGUCGCAUGACGAGGAGAGUUAUGACAAAGAGAUUCCAACUAAGCUGGCGCUACUUCUACAAAACAGGUAAAGUCUACGCCGACAGUGGAAACAAGAGCUUUCCGAUCAAGUGGAACCCGGGUCGCAGCGUGGUCGCCCGCGGCCACGACAGGAUCGGUUGCUUGCUGACGCCCAAGGGCGAGAUCGUGGUCUUCCAGAACAAAGAAGAGGUGGUACGGUGGAGUUCGAAAAAAGAUAAAGUCGACAUCUCCGGCCUAAUGAACACCGACAAACUGUACGGCGUCGUGGACGUGUACGGAGGGACGCAAAGUACAAUAAUUUCUUCUGAUGCUGCUCUUUUCAUCGCACAUUGCUGAAGUCGAAUCAGAUUUGCAUCUGGUUACACCACUUACAUUCUUCUGUUGCACGGGAAAUAAAACCACGCACAUUCUAGUACUUUUGUUUCAACGAUGAACACCACAGGAAUAAAGCUGAACCCGGCCGCUAAUAUCGUGUCGCCCACAGAUGACCCCGAAGACGGGGCAGAGGAAGAGGGUGGCUAGCUGUAGAUCUAGAAAACUUAUAAAAAGUACUCAAUCAAAGACCGCAAAAUGAACAACUGCAACGUGAUAUACGCCUGGCCAUUUGGCUUGGUGAAAAUGAGAACAAAGUCACACACGCACUGACUCCGCAACCAUUUGUCAAUGGCAAAAAAAAAGUUUUAUGAAAUUUCAUGUUGAGAGGGAGUGCUUGCGCAGCUCUGCGUCAGCACUGCUGUUGCUGAUCUGUGUGAAUAUAUGAUAAAAAACCGCAAAUCAAAGCACAUUAUGGAAAUGUUCGGUUUUUCUGAAUACAUG